GACAGAACCAGGAAGCUUUGAGGGCUGCUAGCGAAAGCUCCGACUUAACGGAUAAAAAUGAAACCAACAAUUAAGUCUGCGGUUGUUUUCCGAGGGUGGAAUAAACAGGACGUUUUAAUACAGCUGUGAGCACAUCGAGCCUCAACAAUGGGCCGACGACGAGCUGCUGCUGCAAAAUCUCCACGUCCCGCAGGCUCUGAGGCUCCUGCAGAGGCUGCCAGGGCGUGCAGCAGAAAACACAGCAUCUGCAUGGUGUCUGACUUCUUCUACCCAAACAUGGGAGGAGUAGAAAGUCACAUUUAUCAGCUUUCUCAGUGUCUCAUUGAAAAGGGACAUAAGGUGGUGAUUGUCACUCACGCCUACGGCAGGAGGAAAGGUAUCCGAUACCUGACCAACGGGCUGAAGGUGUACUACCUGCCUCUGCAGGUGAUGUACAACCAGUCCACCGUCACAACCUGCUUCCACAGUUUGCCCCUGAUGCGCUGUGUGUUUGUUAGGGAGCGCAUCACUGUGGUGCACGCUCACAGCUCCUUCUCUGCCAUGGCCCAUGAUGCACUGUUCCAUGCCAAGACUAUGGGCCUGAACACGGUGUUCACAGACCACUCGCUCUUUGGCUUUGCCGACGUCAGCUCUGUGCUGACCAACAAGCUCCUGACCGUGUCGUUGUGCGACACCAACCACAUCGUGUGCGUGUCGUACACCAGCAAGGAGAACACGGUCCUCCGCGCAGCCCUCAAUCCAGAGAUCGUGUCGGUUAUCCCCAAUGCCGUUGACGCCACAGACUUCACUCCUGACCCCGCCCGGCGCCAAGAUGACAGGAUCACUAUUGUUGUCAUUAGUCGUCUUGUCUACCGCAAAGGAAUUGAUCUUCUCAGUGGGAUAAUCCCAGAGCUCUGCCUCAAGCAUCCUGAUCUGCACUUCCUGAUUGGUGGAGAGGGACCGAAGAGAAUCGUGUUGGAAGAAGUGAGAGAGAAAUACCAGCUGCAUGACAGGGUGCGACUGCUGGGGGCUCUGGAGCAUAAAGACGUGCGCGGGGUUUUGGUUCAGGGUCACAUCUUCCUCAACACGUCGCUGACGGAAGCCUUCUGCAUGGCCAUCGUGGAGGGCGCCAGCUGUGGGCUGCAGGUUGUGAGCACUCGCGUUGGGGGCAUUCCCGAGGUGCUGCCCGAGGACCUGAUCAUGCUCUGCGAGCCCACGGUGCGCUCGCUGUGCGCCGGCCUGGAGGCGGUGAUCGCCCGGCAGCGGUCCGGCUCCGCCCCCCCUCCGGCCUCCGUCCACGCCCGAGUCCGAAACCUCUACACCUGGAAGAACGUGGCAGAGAGAACUGAAAAAGUGUACGACCGGGUCCACACAGAGGACGUCCUUCCCCUGGACAGACGGUUACGGAGGCUGAGGUCCCACUGCGGCGCCGUGGCCGGCUCCAUCUUUGCCUUCGUGGCGGUGUUGGACUUCCUGUUCCUGCUGCUCCUGCGGUGGUUGGUACCCGACCACAGCAUGGACGUGGCGGUCGACGCCACCGGGCCCGGCGGGCUGUGGACGGUAGAAACUGAGACUCAUUCCAAACAUGCAGAGAAGCGAAGCAGUGAAACAUGAACCGUCUCCUCUCGCCUCUGCACUCGUGGUGCCGACGGACAUGUGUGAACGAGCUCAUGGUCACUGAAAGCAAUGUUUACAUUUCUGUUUUUACUUAAAGGAUCUUGUGCGAAAGCGUCCUAACCAGGCUGCUCCCGGGUUUUCAUAGGGAAUAUUUAAAUGGAGGCUUCUGGAGGAUCUGAAGGCACUUUUUCUCUUUUGAUGGGAGUCGGGAACAAAUACAUGUAGGUGAGAUGAGAAAUCUGAUCCGUCUUGCAGAAAACCAUCAUGUUUGGGCAUUGCAUUCAGUACUCCCAUCUUUAACGGUUUGAUCACAUUCUCUUGGUGGUAUCAGUGUCUUUGAGCAAGACGCUGAACCCAGACUGCUCCCAGUGGGCGGACUGACGGCUGCACAAUCUCAAAUGUGUUGUUAUCUUGAUAUCAACAUGUAAACUAUCCGUAUCUCAGCAGACUGAGUCAACUGUAAUCAGUGGUUUCCACACAGUGAGCGUUCACGCUCUGCAGACUGACAGGGAAGGAAUUUUGAUUAUUAAUUCAUGCAAAAUGUUUGUUUUACUACUUAAAACAUUUUCAAAUGACAGAACUGUUACUUGAAGGAACAGUUGUCCGUGCACAGAGAUUACAGUGUUCUACUAAAGUGUAUUUAUCUCAAAUUAUAUCAUUAUCACAAUAUUAAACCUUUCUUUAUUACCUGCUCAUCUAAUAUCUUGCAGCCCUAAAACACACACAGAUUAUGGAGUUCCACAGUGACUGAUAAUUAAUAGUAAAUAACUAAAAUUAAGGCAGUUUGAAAAAUUAAAAGGUCAAAGAGAGCAAGAGUUGGACAUUUCUGCAUCACCGAGUCUUUAAAGUGAAGGGAGAAGCUCCCAUUCCACAGCGAUGCUGCUCCGACGGUGAAGCUCAGCCUCCUUUGGGUUUUAUCAUGAUAGUUUAUAUUUUAAAUACCAUGAACACAGCCUGAUGCGAGUUUGAGGAAUAUAUUUGAUGUUUUUAUCGUACCAGAUCUUAUUUCUGAGACUCACACAGCGACACUCCGCGGCCUCGGCAUUAGAGGCAUUAUGAUACUGAACAGGAAGAGGCGCUUGUCUACUAGACUGAACUCUGAAGGCCUGGUUCUCUGGAGGAACUUCAGCAGCUUGAUCUUUCAAGUACUCCACCAUGACGCUGCCAUUUAUUGAUUUUUUUGGUUUUGUGUAAAAACUACCUGAUGUUUUGGACGGUGAGCGUUUGUUCCACUGAGCAGGACUAAAACGGGAAUGUACCACUGACUUGAACUUUUAACAUAUACCUCUGGGUUUUUUAAGCAAACGGAAUACAAUGGACAUGAUUUCAUCAAAACUGUGAAACGUCCAUGUGUCUGAGAUUUAUUUUUAAUAAACUGAUUUAUUCAGUC